UGUAAAGAUAACAAAAUAUGAAGUAUUUAUUAUUAUUAUUUUUGUAUUAUAUAUAUAGUUUUAUUUUAUUAUGAGCAGUUACCUAAAAAAAAAUUUUUUCUGUGCGGACAAAAUAUGAAGUAUUAGUUUCAGAGCGCGAGCGAGGGUAAUUGACUCUUACGCUUGUGUUGUGUUUUGCUGAAAUCUCUUACUUGGAUCUGAUUCUCUGAGCCCUCAGAUAUGGUUAUUCCACCCCCAGUGAGGCCUCCCAGGAUUAUAAAUUUUCUCAAACCUUAUGUUCUGAAGAUGCAUUUUACCAACAAGUAUGUGAGUGCCCAGGUGAUUCACACCCCAACUGCUACUGUAGCCUCUUCUGCAAGCUCACAGGAGAAAGCCUUGAGAUCAAGCUUGGAAACUACUCGCGACGUGGCUGCAGCUGCAAAGAUUGGGAAGAUUCUAGCCGAACGCCUUUUACUCAAGGACAUUCCUGCUGUUUCUGUUCACUUGAAGAGAGAGCAGAAAUAUCAUGGUAAGGUUAAAGCGGUUAUUGAUUCUCUAAGGGAUGCUGGUGUUAAGUUUCUUUGAGUUAUGGUUGCGUGUUCAAUUAUACCUCAGAGACUAUCCUUGUUGGAUCUUAUUUUCUUUUUCAUUUUUAACUGGUCAUCAUAGCAGGAAGUUACUCAUUGAACAUAUUUCACUAAGACCUUAGUUAAUUACGUUUCGAGAAAUAAGACGAGUGAUGAUGUGCAUCUGUGUUUGUUU